AUGAGUUUUUGUUCAUUCGAAGAGGACCUAAGAUUAGAUGAAUCAUCCGAUUCUUCAUCUGAUACUUCAUCUGAUUCAUCGUUCGAUUCAUCGCUAAUCGAUUCCUAUGAUGAUAGUUCUGAUUUGUCAACUGAUGAAGAAAUCCUUGAUGCCGAGUUGAUGGACCCUCAGCAGCAUGAACGAAACAUAAUUUUGAUGGAGCGAAUCAUUAAUUCUGAAAUAAAUGCCAAUAAUGAUUGUCUUAUUCCUUUACGCACUAAGAAUGAAUUAAUUGAUGUAGUAAUACCUAAACCAGAAAUUGACCUUAAACCAGACAUGGGAUUAAAAUUGAUUGGAACAAUACUUCACGUUGUGGAAAAUUAUGUGGUUAUUAAAUCAAUUAACCCUGGAGAAAAUCAAGUCUUGGAUUCUGAUACUGUCUUAUUACUUGAAGGCCCAGAAGUUUUUGGGACCAUUUUUGAAACAAUAGGUCCAGUUAGCCAGCCUUUGUACGUAGUUCGUUUUAAUAAUGAAAGUGAAUUCAACAAAGAAAAAACUGUGAAAGGUGCUAAUGUAUAUGCUGCGGAUGAAUACAUUCAUUAUGCGUUUCCUGAUCAAAUUCGUCAGCUUAAAGGAUGUGAUGCUAGUAACAUUAACGAUGAAGAAGUUGAUGACGAUGAACGUGAUUUUUCGGAUGAUGAACAAGAAAUAUGGCAUAAACAAAUGCUUAAGAAGGAAAAUACCAUAGAACGUAACCGUAGGGGUGGUAGUGGUACAAGUCUUCGACAACAACCACAAUGCCCUGAUGAUCCUUUUGGGAGAACAAUAAUCAGAUUUCUACGAUUCGUUCGUGGACGUCGUCGUGAAUCAUAUAAAAAUAAGGUGAAAUUCAGCGGUCAGUCUCUACCUCAUGCAAUCAAGACGAACGACGAACAAUGA